GCCGCGACUUGGUUAGCAGUAGGCAUCUGCCGCCGAGGCCCGCGCCGGCGCCGGCGCCGCCCCCGCUGGUUCACCGCGGGGCCGAGCGAGACUCCGUCAAAUCUAGGCUCCGAGAGCCCUUGCGCGCGGCCGCCAGUGACGGCCUGAGCUUCUCGGGAGGUGCUUCCGUUGCUGCGCCAAUGGCGCAGUCGGUGCCUCCAAGUUGAGACGGAGACUGUACAUGCCCCUGGUGCAGAGCAAGCUGCUACAUCUUGGCGGCAUCCAAGUUCCUGGUGGCUGGCUGCGCGUGAGCUCCGGCGCCCGGCGCGGCUGUACGGCGGGGGACCGGCUUCCACUCCUCACCUCGCAGGGCUCCGCACUAAAGGGAUUGAAUCUCCCUUAGAUGGCACAAGCCACAAGCUGCUCAAAAAGCAUGGAACCUUCUUCCACGACGAGACCACGCAUUGGAAUUCAGAGAAUACCAUGAGCUAUACCGGCCAGUUGCCACCAAAUCGGUGCCUGUUUAUUGGAAAGUUGUGGGAAAUAGAGCAACCUGCAUGCAUUUAUUACUCGAGAUUAGAACUCAAGUUGUUCCCAUAAAGUGAUGCUCUAUCUGGUAAUGCAUCAUUGCUCGGACAUGGCAUUUGGUUUUUAUUUUUCAUGCAUAUCCAUCGGACUAUUGACAGGUAUGUCCCCCAUGCUUGUCUGCAGGUCUGAGACAGGGCAAUGGUAGCAAUAUUGGAUGAAUAGUACUAGCUGAGAAAUGACUUUUGAAUAACCAUUACUUUUUCUUAUAGAAUGAUGGCAAUUCAAGAACUUGAGAUAAGCAGUAAUGAUAAUUUCAACAUAAUACCAACAGGUCUGAACUAAAGGAAAGAAACACCAUCUUUGUAUGAUACCGGAAGUCCAUAACACUAUUUUUUUCCUCUGAUUGAACAAGUAAGGAUAAUAGACCGACUGCUCAAUAAUCUUUUCCCAAGCAAUGACCUACUGUACAUCUUGCGAUAACUCAUUAAAUAAAAUGGUGUACCAUUCAGUUACAAGCCUGUGGGGUUACUGAGAGAUUGCACAUAAAAAUAUCUUUCAUGAUUUACAGCAAUGCCGUGCAUGAUAUGUUUCAAAAUCUUUCAAAUUGAUUCUUUUUCUUCUUUUCCUUUGCAGCAGCACUUGAUUUUUCAAUCUAAUGGUGCAUAUCCAAGCUUAUGCUAAUACUAGUUCAGUAUCCUUCUUAUUUGUUAGCAAUACUGUCCUGUUCUCCUGUUGUCAAGUAUCGAACUUAUUUUUUAUUUGUUCAUUGUUGCAGUAUUGUGCUUAUCCUGGGGUCCAAUGCUAAUGGACUACCAACCAACUUGGAAAGCAUAUGUUGCAACUUGCUUAUUAGAAAGCAUAGUACGUUCUUCAGUGUUGAAAGCACGUGUUACAACUUGUAAAUUACCAUGGGCUACCUAUCCUGUCUACCAAGUCAUUGCCCGGUUCAUUGGAUAGAAGUGCAACUGGAACAACUUGCAUGCAUAAUUAAAUGAAGAGAUAACGGAAGGGGCUGCCCUGGCUGAGAGUAUUACCUCAGAGGACAAUGAGAUCCUCAUCCUCUGCAAACCCUUCACGAGAAUGAGUAUGCUUUUAAAACAGAAAUUGCACCAGCACCAGAUGAAAAUGAUGAAACAGCUGAUGCAGCCAUUGUUGACUGAAUUCAAGGAGAGCAGUUUGCCAAUACAUAGCUUAUACAGUACACUCACUCACCUACCCAUCUCUCUCUGAAGUGUUCCAUGUCUGGCAGUCUGGGCCGUGUCACUCAAUGUUAAUAUGCUGAAAGCCUGCAUGCAGUUCGAGGAAUCUUCCUCAUCCUGCAUAAAGACUGAUGCUUCUAGCUGGCCACGGCACAUACCCAACUCUCUCUGACCAAAUUGUCUGCGUGCUUCUAUGGCCACUGCAAGCUACUCGGCUAUGCUGUUGUUCUUGGUCUUCUCACUGUCAGCCCUAGGAGCAGCUAGUGCUGCCUCUACUUCUAUUCAUGUCAGGGACACAGACCUUGCUGCACUGCUGGCUUUCAAAGGCCGGCUCUCUGAUCCUCUUGGCGUUCUUGCUGGCAACUGGACGACCAAUGUGUCUUUCUGUAGCUGGAGCGGCGUCUUGUGCAGCAGACGCUUGCAGCGUGUUAUGGCUCUAUCGAUGCCAGAUGUGCCUCUGCAAGGGGAGCUCACCCCCCACCUUGGUAACCUCUCUUUCCUCUCGGUGCUCGACCUCUCAAAUACGAACCUCACUGGCUCCAUCCCUACCGAUCUUGGUAGGCUACGUAGGCUUAGGUAUCUCCUUGGUGGAAAUGGCCUGUCUGGAGCCAUUCCUGGUAGCAUAGGAAACCUCACAAGUCUCAAAUUUCUUGAUUUAAGUAACAACAUCCUCUCAGAUCAGAUCCCAAUGAAGUUGCUGCAGAAUCUGCACAGCCUUCAGAAUAUUUCUCUGAAAGGGAAUGAACUGAGUGGCACUAUACCACUGUAUCUAUUCAAUACCACUCUUUCCCUGAGGUACAUCAACUUUGGAAUAAAUAGACUAUCAGGUCCGAUACCACACGGUGUGGGUUCCCUGCCCGUGCUGGAGUUCUUGAUCCUGAAAAAGAACCAGCUCUCUAGCAUGGUACCAGCAACUAUCUACAACAUGUCUAGGUUGCAAGUCAUGGAACUUGCAUAUAACAAUCUUACUGGACCAAUUCCCAGCAAUCAAAGUUUCAUGCUUCCUCUGGUAUGGUGGUUUUCCAUCAGCAGGAACAAUUUUGCGGGACAGAUUCCAUUAGGGUUUUCAGCAUGCCAAUACCUGCAAUUCAUCUCUUUGUCUACUAAUUCUUUCAUUGAUAUUGUGCCAACAUGGUUAGCUCAACUGCAACAUCUCACCUAUCUUAACAUGGCUGAAAAUCACCUUACUGGUUCUAUCCCAGCUGUUCUUAGCAAUCUCACCGGUCUUACUUUACUAGAACUCUCUUUCUGCAACUUGACUGGAGACAUUCCAACAGGAUUAGGUACGAUGCGAGAACUCUCGAAUCUACACCUUGCAUUCAAUCAAUUAAUAGGUUCAAUACCAACUUCUCUCGGAAAUUUAUCUGAAAUGUCAUUUCUAAAUCUACAAGCAAAUCAAUUAUCUGGCUCAGUACCAGCAACACUUGGGAACAUCCGAGAUUUGAACAGGCUUUACCUUUCAUGGAAUAAUUUAGAGGGGAAUCUUGAUUUCUUGUCUUCUUUUUCCAAUUUUGGACAUCUGAUAAUCCUUGACAUACAUGAUAAUUCUUUCACUGGGGAACUCCAUGACCUUAUGGGGAAUCUGUCAGUAAAUUUACAUUGGCUUUAUGCUGGUUCUAACAAGUUAACUGGUGGGCUUCCAUCAACAUUAUCAAACUUAAGCAAUCUCGAGUGGAUAGAUAUUUCUAACAACCAACUAACAGGAGCAAUCCCAGAAUAUGUCUCUAUGCUGCAAAACCUCGGGUUCCUUGAUAUCUCCAGCAACAACAUGUUUGGCCCUAUACCAUCACAAAUUGGUAUGCUCGGGAGCUUGCAAAGGCUGCUUCUCCAAAGAAACAAGUUGUUUGGCUCCAUACCUGAUAGCAUUGGCAAUCUUAGCCAACUAGAAUACAUCGAAUUGUCCCAUAACCAGUUAAAUUCAACAAUACCGGGAGGCAUUUUCCACCUUGAUAAACUUGUCCAGCUAAAUCUUUGUCACAAUUCCAUUGCCGGUGUGCUACCAACUGAUGUUAGUGGGCUACAACAAGCAAAUACGAUUGACUUCUCUUACAACUUCUUGCAUGGAAGCAUCCCGGAAUCAUUUGGACAGCUCAGGAUGCUCACUCAUCUGAAUCUGUCACACAACUUGUUUGAGUACUCAAUCCCCGAAUCAUUUGGACAACUUAGGAUGCUCACUUAUCUAAAUCUAUCACACAACUUAUUUGAGAACUCGAUCCCAGACUCGUUUCAAGAGCUGACUAGCUUAAUAUCAUUGGACCUCUCCUACAACAAUCUCUCUGGUACCAUUCCCGAGUUCCUUGCCAAUUUCAACUACUUGACAACCUUGAACCUCUCCUUCAAUAGGCUACAAGGCAAGAUACCUGAGGGAGGUGUUUUCUCAAACAUCACAUUACAAUCUCUGAUUGGGAAUACAGAGCUAUGUGGCAUUCCGCAUCUUGGACUUUCGCCAUGUCCUCAAAAGUAUCAUUCCAGUAAUAAACACUUCCUGAAAUUUCUCCUCCCUGGUGUCACCAUAGCAUUUGGUUCUACUGUUCUUUGCCUUUACCUAACAAUCAGAAGGAAAAUUAAGAACAAAGGAGAAGUUGAAGUUUCUGCCUUUGAUCUGGGUGCUGUUAUGAGCCAUAGGUUGCUGUCGUACCAUGAGCUUGUUCGCGCCACUGAUGAUUUUAGCAGCAGCAACCUGUUGGGGGCUGGGAGCUUCGGAAAAGUUUUCAAAGGCCAACUAAGCACCGGUUUGGUGGUUGCAAUAAAAGUUCUAGACAUACAACUGGAACAGGCCAUUAGAAGCUUUGAUGUUGAGUGUCAUGUGCUUCGCAUGGCUAGGCACCGAAACCUGAUAAGGGUAGUGAACACCUGCUCUAACCUGGACUUCAGAGCACUGGUUCUUCAGUACAUGCCCAAUGGUAGCUUAGAGAUGCUCCUACACUCUGAAGGUAGGAGGAACUUUGAGUUCCUCAAGAGACUGGACAUCAUGUUGGAUGUGUCAAUGGCAAUGGAGUAUCUGCACCAUGAACACCACGAGGUGGUCCUGCACUGUGACUUGAAGCCCAGCAAUGUGCUAUUUGAUGAGGACAUGACUGCACACGUGGCAGACUUCGGCAUCGCAAAGUUGCUAUUUGGUGAUGACAGCUCCAUGAUCACUGCAAGCAUGCCUGGAACAGUUGGGUACAUGGCGCCAGAAUAUGGAUCUCUUGGAAGGGCGUCGCUCAAGAGUGAUGUGUUCAGCUACGGAAUGAUGCUUCUUGAAGUGUUCACUGGAAAGAGACCCACAGAUCCUAUGUUCGAUGGAGUACUAAACAUUAGGCAGUGGGUUCAUCAAGCAUGUCCUGCUGACCUUGCCUGUGUUCUGGACGAUCAGCUGCUGCAAGAUACUUCUUCUACCUGUGACAUGAAUGCCUCUCUUUUGCCGAUAUUUGAGCUGGGUUUGCUCUGCUCAAGUGAAUUGCCCGAUCAAAGGAUGUCGAUGAGCGACGUGGUCGUGACGAUGAAGAAGAUAAAAAGGGGUAACACCAAAUCGACAUCAGCGACAGCUCAGAGUGUUUCCACUGUUUGAUCGCCCUUAGUUGCAUCACUAGCUCUCCGUUUUGCUGCCUUUACCUUUAGUUUGUUACCUCGUUCGCCUGUUCAUGUUAUGACUUAUGAGUUCUGAUAAUAUUUCUGCCCAGUGUGAGA